AUGUCUUUUCUCCGCAACGUUACUACCGAGCAAUCUCUUGAUGGCAAUGCAGGAAGGCAAAUACUGGGAUCCACGCAUUCCUUUAACGUCACAAAUCUCAGGCCCUGGAAGCACUGUCUGGUACCAUCGUCUCUUGACAUGCACAAAUACCCAACCAUUACUACUUGGCCCCCAGAUCUUCUCGUGACGGAUAGUAUACGGCCGCCAGAACGACGCGCCUGGCUCCAUGUCCCCGACUCAUACUACGAGGCCAGAGUGCCCCGUCCGUUGAUGGUCGCACUGCAUGGCAAGGACCAACCGACCAAAGAGUUGGAGUACCAUACACAACUCCCCAAUGCGGCGUUCAAUCUGUACGCUAUCCUCGGGUACCCCGAGUGCGUUGAUCUACAGUGGACUGGCGACCCGGAAGCCCCGCCUCGAGACGAGGUGGAUGACGUUGGAUUCAUCGACGUCCUGAUCGACCAUAUCAUGCGUGACUACGCUGUGGACGCCGUACGGGUGUAUAUUGCUGGAUUCAAUACCGGUGCGGGGCUCGCUGGGCUGUUGGCGUGCGACCCAGAGCGUCCGGCCGCAUCGCAGGCUUCGCUAUGUCUUCGGGCCGCGGUUUAUCAGGACGUCGCGCUCAAGGAACCGCUGUUUAGCAUAUGCCACCAUUCACGCCGCCCUGCGCCCAUCCUUGAAUUCCAUCGUGACGCAGACCCUUGA